UUGGAUUAAAAAUCAUAAUAGAGAGUGAAGUGAGUUUCCAAGAAAAACAUGAGAAUAAAAAUAUCUCCAUUCAUUGAUCCAACAUUCUUAGAUUCUUAUCCAUAAAUAAAGGCUAUAAAAGAGAGUUAGGGCAUGAACAAUUGCAAGCAAACUUUCAUUGCCUGAAUUCAAAACACUUCAUUCCUAUAAUAAACCACACAAAACAUGGAUGCACAAAGCCAAUUACAUGCUACAACAAAGCUAUAUGAUGCAGCACUCAAGGGAGACGUACCUUCAUUGCUCCACUUGCUCAGUGAAGAUCCACUUAUCCUCGAUCGAUGCAUCAUUAGAAAAUCGGGAAGCUUUAUGCAGUCACCAUUACAUGUAGCGGCUAAACUUGGGCAUGUAAACUUUACGGAGGAAAUAAUAAAGCAAAAGCCAGAACUAGUAGAGUUGGUUGAUCAAAUAAAAAGAUCAUCACCCCUACACAUUGCAUCUGCCAAAGGGAACUUGCAAAUCGUCAAAGCCUUGCUUGCGGUGAAUCCGAGCAUUUGCUACACACAUGACCAAGAUGGUAAGACGCCUGUUCACGUAGCUGCCAUAAAUGGUCAAGUUGACGUACUUGAAGCUCUUCUUAAUGUAGAGCCACAAGCUGCUAGGGAGCGAACUAUGGGUGGUGAAAGUGUGUUGCAUUUGUGUGUGAAACAUAAACAACUAGAGGCUUUGAGGAUUUUGGUAGAAACGAAGGCUGAUGGUGAGUUGCUUAACUUCGAUGAUGCCCUUGGUAACACCGUCUUGCACCUAGCUGUGGCUGCCAAGCAAUCCGAGAUGGUAGAAAUUAUACUAGCACAUCCAAAUAUUAAAAAGAAUGCGGUUAACAAAAAUGAAUUAACAGUUGUGGAUACUCAUCAGCAAAGUCGGAGGGAAUAUACACAAGCUGAUACAAAGAUAAUGAAACUCCUUAUUUGUGCCAAUGUGUUACCCGGAAAGAAAGCUCUGAAAAUGACAAAAGACCGUGCUUGGUUGGAGGAACAUCGCACAUCUCUAUUGGUGGUGGCAUCCUUGAUCGCAACCAUGGCUUUCCAAGUUGGAAUUAAUCCCCCAGGAGGCGUUUGGCAGGAUACAACACAUGCGGGUAAAUCUAUAUGGUCAUGUGAUGCUAGUUUUGGUUACAUAUAUUUACUAGCUAUUAACACCAUUGGACUAAUAUCAUCCCUAAGUGUCAUCCUUCUCCUUGUAAGCGGUUUUCAAUACCAGGAACGUUUUCAAUUACAGUUUUUAAGGAUGAUGCUAAGGAGUUCUGUCGCGGCAACAACAGUGACAUACAUUGUCUCGGUAUCCCAUCUAACUAAUGGAGAUGGCAGAUUUCGGACUUUAUCAAAGAUUCUUUCUUUCGUAGUUUUGUUUGCGAUACACGUGGGACCUUAUUUAUGGAGGCUUAUUAGUUACGUGGGACCUUAUUUAUGGAGGCUUAUUAGUUGGCUAAGGAUGUCAAAAAACACUACAAAUUUGAUCGACAACGUAUGAUAGUCUCAACACAAGGUGAGUCAUCUUCACAUUCAUCGCGUUCUACUCCGGCCAUAUUUGUUUCCCGGCUGUUCAACAAUAACUUUGAUUAAUUUGUAUUUUGUUUUUGAAGGAGUACUUUGAUUAAUUAGAUUGCACUAAGCAUGAUUUUAUUUAUGUACCAUCUUCAUUAGUAGCUUGUCUUGUUUGUCAAAGUUUGUUGCUUUACAUUUUAAGUGUAAUAUAUAAGCAAACAACAAUUAUAAUUGGCCUAUCUUCAUUUUUAAUGAGAAUGCUCUAAUCUACAACAAAAUUACUUAAGCUCAUGUCCUAACUAGAAUGUUAUAUUCUUAUAUAUUCGUCUAUUUUUGUAAGAGAUUUACUUUGUCCAUCUCAUUUUGUACAAAUUCUAAAACCAUGUUAUGUUAGAUUUAGUCUUUCUGAUAGCAUGAAUAAUGAAAUUUGUCUGAACAUCAUCAUAUAUAUAAAGCUUUACUCCUUCCAUUCACAAAUUUGUUUCAUUAAUGAUUUUUUUUUUUUUUUUUUUAUGUCCAAAAGCAUCUACAUCUUGCACCUAGGAAUACAUAAAAUCUUUCAACACAAAUAAAUCUUCAUGUAGUUAAUUGAAAUUUUUAUUCAAUUCGUACAACUCAUCACAUAAUUUUGACCCUUCAAGUGUAUCUUUAUUUUCUCUCUCAUUCUAAUCGUAAACCAAAUGUGGGUCCGAUCUUUUUACCGGCUUUUAAUGAUCUUUUAAUCAAUUUAUUUUAUAUUUCGUUUACAUACAAAUUCUUUUUUUCCUAGGCUACAAUAUGUAAAUAUGUCUAGCACUAUAAAAUCAAAUACCCGUUUUUAAUACACAUAUUUUAGGCAGCAUAUGACACGGAAAAAAGGGCAAGAGUUUGCAAUUGCACUUUCAUAGGAUGUAGCAUCCUGGUUGAUCCCCUUCCUUGCACUUUCAUCAUGGGUAAAGAUGUUGCUAUGUAUUCAUUAAUUGAAUAUUUAACAGUUCUUCUUUCUCUCCCCCUCAUCUUUAUUUAUAAUUUGAUUUCAACAUCUUUUCCAUACUCCCUUUGUUCCUUUGUGUCUUUUCACUUUAGAUCUAGGCUAUUAAUUAGCUAUUCUACCUACUUUACUUCUUUACAAGAUUAUUAGCUGGAUACCAAAUGCUACGACUUCCAUUAUUGCUGAAUGUCACUACAAAUUAUUAGUCAUAUAUAGGGGUGUACAUAAAUAGGACCGGACCUGAAAACCGACCUGAACCGGACCUGUUGGGACCGGACCUGAUCCGGACCUGUUGAUUCAGGUCCGGUCCCGGUCCUUGAAAUUCAAGGUUUCCGGUUCCGGUUCGGAUCAGGUCCAAAACCGGGGUUUUCAGGUCCGGACCUGAAACCCGGAUUUUAUAUAUAUAUAUAUAUAUA